AUGGCAACAAAACUACCAAGAAAUAUUCUCCAAUAUUUGGCAACGUAUUUUGAAAGACAAGAACGAGGUAACUGUGGUCUAGUCUGUAAGCAAUGGAAAGAACCACCCUUAAGCACUUAUUGGGCUAAACUUGUUAUUGACAAUACUACUAUAUUUACGAUAAUCGAUGAAUUCAGGAUUAAAGAAGCCUGUACAAAGGAUGCGUAUCGAGCGUGGACGCUGGAUAUUAAUUUAGGAAAAUAUUACCCUGAAUAUAUUUCAUUAUUACAGCCAACAGGUCUUGCACUAGAAAGUAUCUUCAAUAAACUAUCCAAAUUGAUUUGUCUUGUUCAUCUCACGAUUUACCAAAUGUCUUCUAUCGAACACGGCCAGAAUAUUUUCAUGACCGACAUUGAAUCACUUCACCGCAACUUGUCACAUAUGCAUUAUAUCAAGAUAGAUGCUUCCCUUCAAUCAAUACCCGAAGAAGAAAUGGAAAGAACAAGAAACGUCAAAUCAGCAAACAAAAUUAAAAUUAUACAUUUUAUUUAUGAUAAUAUUGGAUUGUUGUGGAUAUCUUACUUUGCGCACAAGUAUCUCAACCUAGUUAGCUUUAACGUAACACCAUUAAAGAUUCUUGGCUAA